AUGCAGCUCCUCGUAACAUCAUUCUGGUUCUUCUCGUGCGAGCUUCUCUACGUUGAAGCAGAAGUGGACGAAAGUGGCUAUUUCCGUGGGCUCGGUCCUGUGAACGGCGAUCCUAACGACAAAUUCUAUUACAUGCAGAAGGCUUAUCUUGAGGCCAUCUCUAUACCGGAGGCUUGGGGUAUCUUCGACUCUACUCCCAAGAGAACACCUGUGACCAUCGCAGUUAUUGACGACGGAAUCGAGGCCGCUCAUCCUGACUUGAAGGGUACCGUCAUCAAGGGCUACAACGUCGUUGAUAAGAACGAUGAUACCAGUCCUCGAGGACAUCAUGGAACCAGCAUGGCUGGCAUCAUUGGUGCUAUCAGAAAUAACAUGAUCGGUUUGGCGGGCAUUCUGGACAGUGUGCGCAUACUGCCCAUAUUCGACGGUGAAGCUCCGAGUUUUCCCGCAAUGGCGGAUGCUUUCACCUACCUGAUCAAUGAGUGGAAAGAUGAUGUGAAAGUUAUUCUCAUGACGGAAGGUUCCGAUUCAGAGAGUUCCAAAGCCGUUACCGACAAGAUUCAGGAAGCAAAUGCAGCUGGCAUGCUCGUUGUCGUCACGGCAGGGAAUAAGCACCGCGAUUUGGACAUAAAUCCAGACUUCCCUUGUUCCUUCGGCCGUUCACCCGCUGAUGGAGUGUUAUGUGUGGCUGCAACGUAUGGUCCCAACAUGCAGCUUACGGAUGGAAGCAAUUUCGGUUCAGCUGUUGACAUUGCCGCUCCAGGUAACGGAAUAGUUACAACUGAUCUCAAAGGGAAGUAUGCCACAGCCUUGAACCUUCUCUGA